AUUUUUCUUAGGCUACGCUGUUACAGACAUAUUUUUUUCGCCCGGAAGUGAUAAAAUUUAGCAAAUCAAAGUUCAAUAGUGUAUUACUUGGCUAGAAAUUGUACAAAUCACUAGAUUCAAGCCUGUAGCAAAUAAAAUAUCGGAUUUCGCUUUAUAAAACACGCAACAUGAUGAUCCUGCCUUAAUUUUGGCAGGGGUGCCAUUUCUUAUAUUCAAUAAUCUAUGCUAGUGCGGUGCAUCUGUCAUCACAAAUUGUGCUUUUUCGUUGAUUCCGUUUUGUUGCUUUGAAGCUUUGGUCGGCCGCAGUGCAAAACCAAAACAAAACGUAGCGAUCAACUUUAUUCUUGAAUCUCAGCUCACACAUAACGGUUGAGUAUUUUUCUGCCUGCUGUUACUCGGCUUAUUUGAAUGACCGUUCUCUAAAAGUUACUUUAUCUGAAAUUUAUUUUAUAUUACAAUGAUAGAACAGCAUACGAAUAGCAGUUGGUGAUUGCUUCGAGGUUUGAUUGGAGGUGAACUUGAUAGUGUUUAAGAGUUUUGCUGAUGGUAUAAAAUAUAUCUAGUGCCAAAGUGCGUCACCUCAGCUGAUGCGCAGCGAAGUACAAACUGAACAAGUGAAUAAAUAGUUGGAAGAUCAAAAUUCAGUGAUAUUUGCGAAAUCAAUCAAUCGCGAAGAGUGUAAAAUGUUUAGUCCCGACUAUGAGAAACGAAUCCUAAAGCACUGUAGUCCGGUCGCGAGAAGUUUGUUCAAUAGCGGCGAGUCUUCAUCUUCGUUGGAUCGAUUCAUCCCAUGCCGGGCGAACAACAACUGGCAAACCAAUUUUGCAUCACUUAGCAGUAAAUCGAAUGAAAACUCGCCCCAGUCGAACAAGAAGCAGCGGGAUUGCGGUGAAACAGCCCGCGACAGCGUAGCCUACAGUUGCCUGCUUAAGAACGAACUGCUCGGCACCGGAAUCGAGGACGUGAAGUCCGUGACAGACGAUAAGAUUGGUUUGCUAGCCAACAGUAAUCGACCCGGAUUGUUCAAGUAUCAGUCACCGACGAAACAGGAUUACAAUGAGCAAUGCCCGUACUCGCUGUCACCGGUCAGCAUUAAAAGCCAAAAACUAUUACGAUCGCCGCGGAAAGCUACCCGUAAAAUCUCCAAGAUCCCGUUCAAGGUGUUAGACGCACCGGAAUUGCAGGAUGACUUCUAUCUGAAUCUGGUGGAUUGGUCUGCUCAAAAUGUACUGGCAGUGGGCCUUGGAAGCUGCGUGUAUCUGUGGAGCGCCUGUACUAGUCAAGUCACCCGUCUUUGCGAUUUGAGUUCCGACGCGAACACGGUUACUUCGGUGUCGUGGAGUGAACGGGGGCAUCAGCUUGCGGUUGGCACGCACCAUGGGUACGUCACUGUGUGGGAUGUGGCCGCCAGUAAACAGGUCAACAAACUGCAAGGUCAUUCGGCUCGCGUGGGAGCUCUAGCCUGGAAUGGAGAUGUCCUCUCGAGCGGGUCUCGAGAUCGUUUGAUUAUGCAGCGUGACACGCGUACCCCGACGCAGGUAUUCGAGCGGCGUCUUGUCGGUCACCGGCAAGAGGUAUGCGGUCUCAAGUGGUCCCCGGAUAAUCAGUAUUUAGCCAGCGGUGGUAACGACAAUCGAUUGUAUGUUUGGAAUCAGCAUUCGUCCAAUCCAGUACAAUCGUACUCGGAGCAUAUGGCCGCAGUAAAAGCCAUCGCAUGGUCUCCUCACCAUCAUGGACUGCUAGCUAGUGGAGGCGGUACGGCAGAUCGUUGUAUACGCUUCUGGAACACCCUGACGGGGCAGCCCAUGCAAUGCGUUGAUACGGGAUCCCAAGUUUGUAACCUAGCCUGGUCAAAACACUCCUCGGAAUUGGUUUCCACCCAUGGCUAUUCGCAAAAUCAAAUCCUGGUGUGGAAGUAUCCAUCACUAACUCAGGUUGCCAAACUAACUGGACACUCAUAUCGUGUUCUAUAUCUGGCACUCAGUCCAGACGGCGAAGCGAUCGUCACUGGCGCAGGGGAUGAAACAUUACGCUUCUGGAAUGUGUUUAGUAAAGCGCGCAGCCAGAAGGAAAACAAAAGUGUUCUAAAUUUGUUUACUAAUAUUCGAUAAGUAGCGAAUUGCCUGCAGGAGAUACAAUGAUUGCCUUUGCACUUCGCCAGACGCUUCCAUGUAUUCUAGUUGAUGUAACCGACCCCUACCACCGGCAAAAAUCUUGACGUAGCACCGUUUAAACCUGGCUGCUCGUUCCAAUUGGCUAAUCAUCCAUCUCUAGGCUAAAAUCAUAAACUAUCGUUUCUAAUAAUUUAUUGUCACGCUAGUGUAUAUUUGUGUAAUUAUAUUUUUCUUUCAGAAGAAAUAGAAAACGAAUUCCUAGUAAAGAUUUAUAUAUUUUGCGCCAUGAACGCAUAUAUUUUGCAAUAUAAUUAAGUCGACUUUUAACAGGUUAAAAAGUCAUUUGAAAAAAAUUGUGUGACGGUAUGAAAUUGUGUAAUUUUAAUAUUUUUUUGUGUAACGCAGAAUAUUUGCUCGAUCAUUAAUUGUUCAAUCAACAUUUGUUCUUUUGAGAAAAAAAAUAUUUCUUUAGAUCCUUUUGGUGGAUCUAAAGUGAUAUUUUUUUUGUGUUAACUUACUGGCAAAAAAUAAAUAGCACCGAGACGAAAAAAAAGAAAUAUCUUUGAUCAAAGUUUGUGUGCAAGUUAUGACGUUUGUAACUUGCACUCAAAUAAAUGCUGAAAAAUAACACCUUAUUAUUAUUAUUAUUUAUUUCGCUUGCCUUUCGACGACACUCUCGCUGUCACCUGACUUGUUUGUUGCUAAAUUAAGCAUUUAUGGUGUCGGAGAACCAAUGAAAUGAACAAAACGGUUUGAGCUUUUUUCCUUCAAGAUUUUUGAUGGGAGGGGGGGGGGGUUUGACAAUUUGUAACAGCCUAAAUGAUAUUUUCAAUCAUUUCGACAAUUUUAAUUUCAUUCUUCUUUUUACCUUAGCCCAACAGUAGUUGCAAAUUGUCUGUCUGAGUAGUUAAUUUGUGUGGCUUCUAUUUGCUUAAAAAAAGACCAUCACAUUGGAAGUGUUUUGAUUAUAAAUGAUAGCUAAACAAAAAAGUCUGCAAAAUUUAUUGAGUGGAUGACUGAAAUGCUAAUUAAUAAAUUUAUUGACUAAUCAAAGCAACAGAUCGCAUAAACAUUUCCGCAGAGCAUUUGUUUUUCGCAAAAAAAAAAAUCGUUGCGGAAAAAUUUAGGUUUUUCCCCAGCUUGGGGUAUGUCGUACUUAUUAGUCAUAGGCUUAUCAUGUAAAUAACGUCUUACUUUUAGUUAACCAUAUUAGGCUAAGCUUGUUUUGUAUUGAUUAAUAUUCUAAAAUUCUAAAGACUUUUAUAUUUUAUGUAAGAGUAAAUUCUAUAACUAUCUGCUAAACCAACUUACACAGCAGUUACGAAUUACGCCCAAUGUUUGCGUUAUUAAGUUGCUAAAAUACUUAUAGUGAAUUUGUAUAUUGUUUAAUUACCCUUUGCCAGUCCAUACGCAACUACGGAACCAUUCAUAGACCCCAAAAAUAAUACCUACGUAGUUUGAAUAAUAUGAAAUAAUUUGACAUGAUUUUUACUGGCAGUUAUAUUAGAAAACCCACUAUUUGUGCAUAAUGGUGCUUAUUACGGGAGUCACUUCACGGUGAAGUAUAUUUAACUCUCACGCUCACUUCACUUUUUUAGACCUAUUCCCGAUUCCACCUCAAGUGAGGUGACAAAAAUCACCUCCGUGGGGUGAGAUUGACAGUGAAGUGAAAUUGAGAAUAGGACAAGUGAAAAGAGAUUGUUUCCCAGCUCAAAAAUCUCUAAGUCCCAGAAAGUCGUUUUUUCCGUUUUUUCAGAUAACACCAGAUCUUGACGUGUUCUGCAUUUCUAAAACAUUCGGCAUCAAAAAAAAUGUUUUUUUUUUCGGUAUCGAAAAUUUCCUAAACUAGUUUGCAUUUUUUUCAUCGGGCAAAAAAAAAAAAAGAAAAUUCGAAAAUUCGUUGCUGAAGAAUAAAUCCAAUAUUUACCAUUAGAUCACAAAUCAAUUAACUUUAAGACUUAUGGCAUCUUCGUGGAAUCAUUUCACCGUUCAAAAUGGUCGUGAAAUAAUUCCACGCGAAACGUCGCUUUUUCCGUUCUCACUUCACUGAUAUGACACCCAUAAUAACCCAGAUUCCGCGGCAGAUGUCACUUUGCGACGUUUUUCCCACUUACGUGAGUCCCGUAAUAGGAUUUUGUUCACUUUACUCUGAUUUCACCGUGGAGUGACUCCCGUAAUAAGCACCACACCAUAAAUUGUUUGCUAAGUGAAUAGUGUAAAAGUAAAAUUCAUAGAAAUGAAA